CUCCCUCACACCUCCGACACAUACUGGAACCAAUUCGAUAAGGUUUCUGAGUACAAUGUCCACCUCAAUUACUUUGAGAAGCUCUGGAUGGCCUGGUAUGCAUACAUCGGCAACGAUGUGCUCGCCACUGGUAUCAUGUCUUUCUUGAUGCACGAACUCGUCUACUUCGGCCGCUCUCUUCCUUGGAUCAUCAUCGACUGCAUUCCCUACUUCAACAAGUACAAGAUUCAGAACCAAAAAAUCCCUACUGCCGCUGAACAAUGGCAAUGCGCCAAGCUCGUUCUGUUGAGCCACUUCACUGUUGAGCUUCCUCAGAUUUGGCUCUUCCACCCUAUGGCUCAGUUCUUCGGCCUCGGCACCAGCGUCCCAUUCCCACCUCUCUACAAGAUGGCCUACCAGAUCGCAGUCUUCUUCGUCCUCGAGGAUGCAUGGCACUACUGGAUGCACCGCGCCUUCCACUGGGGCCCUCUCUACAAGGCUGUCCACAAGAUCCACCAUCAAUACUCUGCCCCCUUCGGUCUUGCUGCCGAAUACGCCUCGCCAAUUGAAGUCAUGAGCUUGGGUUUCGGUACCGUUGGUAUCCCCAUCGUGUGGUGCGCUAUCACCAAGGACCUCCACAUUCUGACCAUGUACAUCUGGAUCGUCCUCCGUCUCUUCCAAGCUAUUGACGCACACUCUGGCUAUGAGUUCCCCUGGUCGCUCCACCACUUCCUUCCCUUCUGGGCUGGCGCUGAGCACCACGACGUUCACCAUGAAAAGUUCAUUGGCAACUACUCGAGCUCUUUCCGCUGGUGGGAUUACUGCUUGGACACCGAGGCUGGCCCUGAGGCCUCCAAGAGAAGAAGAGAGAAGAAGCUCGCAAAGGCCAGAAAGGCCCAGUAA